AUAGGUGCAAAAUGGCAGCGAAAACAAGAAAGUUUUCCGAAGAUUACGUUAAGUUUGGAUUUACCUUCAUCGAAAAAGGCCAGUCACAAUUGCCUCAGUGUGUGAUAUGUAUGAAUGUUUUAAGUAAUGAUAGCAUGAGGCCCAAUCGCCUUGGAAGGCAUUUGAAGCAACACCCUACUCUGGUUUUGAAGACGAAAGAGUUUUUUUCUUCUAAAGCAGAAUCACCCAAACGGAUGAGACUGGAUAAGUCGGGAAGUUAUCACACAGGUGUAUCGCAGCAUCUCAAAGCUUCAUUUGAAAUAGCAAAAGAAACCUCAUACUAUCGGUGAAGAAUUAAGAAACCAUGUGUCCUAAACGCCACGCAGAUAAUUUUAGGAGAAGACGCAGAG